AUGGCAGAUUCCAACACAACCGACUUCACCAACCCCUCCGUCUUCAUCCUGCAGGGCAUCCCUGGCCUGGAGACAGCCCAUGUCUGGAUCUCCAUCCCCUUCUGCAUCAUGUACAUUAUCGCCACCUUGGGGAACUUCACCAUCCUAUACAUUGUGAAGACAGAGCCAAGACUCCAUGAGCCCAUGUAUUAUUUCCUCUGCAUGCUGGCCAUCACCGACCUGAUCCUAUGCACAUCCAUUGUGCCCAAAACACUGAGCAUUUUCUGGUUCAGUUCCCAGGAGAUAAAUUUCAGUGCCUGCCUCACCCAGUUGUACUUCGUUCACUGCUUUUUAGUGACAGAGUCGGGAAUCUUCGUGGCCAUGGCUUUGGAUCGCUACGUGGCCAUCUGUGAUCCCCUGAGACAUUCCACCAUCCUCACAAAUCCAGUCGUGGCCAAGAUUGGCUUGGCUGUGGUGCUGCGGGGUGGCAUCCUCGUACUUCCAUAUCUCCUCUUGACAAGGAUGUGGCCGUAUUGUACAACCAACAUCAUCCCCAACACCCACUGUGAGCACAUGGCCGUGGUGAAGCUGGCUUGUGCCGACAUCCGCAUCAACAGAUACUAUGGGCUCUUUGUGGUAUUCUCUGUGAUUGGUUUGGACGUGUUUUUUAUCGCUCUGUCCUAUGCGCAGAUCCUCAGGGCCAUCUUCCGCCUCCCCACCAAGGAUGCCCGGCUCAAGACUUUUGGGACCUGCGGCUCCCACCUCUGUGUUAUGUUAGCCUUUUACAUCUCAGCUCUUUUCUCCUCCCUCAUUUACCGCUUUGGCAAUAACGUGGCUCCACAUUUCCACGUUCUCCUUUCCAAUGUGUACCUGCUGGUGCCCCCAACACUAAACCCCAUCAUCUAUGGGGUGCGGACCAAACAGAUCCGGGACAGCCUGCUCCGCCUUUUUACUCAUAAAGAAACCUAA